AUGGACGGGCUACAUCAAGCAGUGAAUCUUAUAGAGUCAUUAUACGCGCCCCAGCCACCAAGCGAUGUCAAUGAGAUCCAACAGCAACUGCAAGCUGUGCAGCGCUCAGACCACGGGCUUGAGCUUGGUAUUCAGCUGCUGUCAGAUGAAAAGGCAUCUACCAAUGUUCAGUAUUUUGGAGCUUUGACUUUGGCGGUUCAAUUUCAUACAAGCAAUUCCACAGAUCGAGUUUUAGAGCUGUUGAAACUGAACAUGUAUCAUUUGGCCCGAAGAUCGCAGCUUUUCAUCACAAAGUCCCGGCUGUAUGAAACCCGUAUGAUCGUGAUAAAAAAGUUGAUGUCCAACGCAGCGCAAAUCUUUUUUAGAAUCAACAGUGGAGAUGUCUCGACGGGAGGGUCUUCAGUUGAUAGAUGGAAAAAUCCAUUAGAGACAUUUUGCGCACUUGUAUCCCACUCGACGCUCACUCCGGAAAAUAUCGAUGAGAUCUUUGCACAUGCGGAGUCCCAAACUAUACCGUAUGAUCACCUUAUCCAACUUAUUACUUCCGCGCCCGAAUUCAAUACGCUAGCAAUGCUAUUUUCAGAGGUCUUGAUUGAAGAUCUCGUCAAGCACCAAUCCGUGAAGGUCGGAGUCUCAAGACUUCAUGGUGUGGUACACGAACACUUGUACAUAUCCAGCAUUUCCAUUAUAAACUACAAUCUCCAGCAGUUGGUGGUUGCAUUUCACAACAAUUCAAAAGAACGGCCUUCGCUUGCGGACAACGUGUUUCGAUGCGUGGCCGCAUGGGUGAACUACACAAUAAUGGCAAGAACCAAAUCUCAAGGACACAUGGAUCUGAGCGAAACGUUCGAACUAUUGAUCCAGCUAAUGUGUUUGCACGACUCGGCGCAGAACUUCCUCUAUUCCGAAAAUGUGGUCGCCAUCUUGGGUGAUGUUUUUGGCAACGAUCCUACAAUGUUGAACUACGAAUUGAGAUCAAAUGUAGAGGGAAUUUUUUUGGGAGUUCAAAAGUCAGGAACCAAUAACGCUGCCGGCCAUGAAUGGAUGCUUCAAUACAUGAACCAUCUUGUUGUCAAUGAAAUGCACGAAGAACUCAAGGAAUUGGCUCUCUGCGUUGUGGAUUUCCUGCAGAUCAGUAAUCUGGACGUUUGCAACAAACUUUUCACCACCAUCUCCAGCAGUGACUCUCACAAUCUUGAUCAGUACAUCAAAGUUUUAUUGCAAAUGACUAAUUUCACGCUAACACCAGUUUUGGAGGAGUUUUUUUCGGUAAGAAUGGUAGAUUUUUGGCUCGAUUUGUGUGAUGGGUAUAAUAAUUUGGUUAGGGAGACUUUCAAGCCUGAUACGCCGGCUCUGGCCACGAACCUAUUCAGUCAAGUAGUGCAGAUAUAUCUGCCCAAAAUCCAACUAUCGGUGAAGCAAAGGAUUCUUCGGGAAGGAGAAGACGAAACCCUUGUACAUGAAUUUGACGACUUCAGAAAUGCGGUCUUGGAUUUAUUAGAGUCGAUGUGGGUAGUUUUAGGUAACGAAAAAUUGACCGACAUUCUCAUCGUGAGUAUCGGACAGCUGAUUCCCACCUCGGGAGACGAGCUCUUCCAAGUUGAGGCGAUGUGCUUCUGUCUCGAAAAACUGUUAUCUGAUAUGAACUUGAGUGAAAGCCCGAUGUUAUGUGGAGUUUUGGAUGCUAAUGGGGCCUUUUUAGACAAUGUUUUAUUGCUCAUCCAAACCGGGGGCCAACAGAAAAGCGCAGCUAAUGGUAAAGAAGCACAAAUGCUGAGCUGUGAUUUCGUGAAAACUGGAACGUCUAUGGUAGCCACAGUAGCAAACUACAUCAAGAAUGAUGUUCAACAUUUGAGGAAUUGCAUGGAUGUCUUGUUCAAGUCUCUAGACCAAUGUGCAAACGCAGACGCCACAGACAGCAAGAUUGAACUAUUUAUAACAAGAUGCAUCACAAAGAUGUGCGAAACGAGUCGUGCAGAGCUCAUAUCAUAUUUACCAACGGUUCUACAGAUUCAGGAGUCUAUGAUGCACCAGAGCUCCAAAGUUUCCGACUACACGAAGCAAAAGUUUACUUGUUGCGUAGGAUAUUUCAUUCAGGACUGCAUCCGGGAGGGCCCCGAGCGACAAGCCCAUUAUUUGGCUAACGUCAUUAAUGCAAUUCAGAGCGAGAUUUCCAAAAACUCAAAUGAUCGCGACCACGUUCUGUGCUUAUUGCAUUGCGUUUCCGAAUUAGCCAGCGCGCUUGUGAUUCCCUCAGAUGUUGUUGAAGACAUGCUUCCUGCUCAGUUGACACACAGCAACGAGUACUGGGCAGCUGACCCGCUGCAACUGCGCAGCACAGUUCUCGAGCUUUUGGAGUCUGUGCUGGCACAGUAUGGUAACGAUGCCGAGUUCGUGGAGCGCACUUGUUUAAUUAUGGGUAGCAACCUGGCUGCGGCAGAGUCCGGCCCGCAUUUUCUGGCAUACUCAAUGCAAGAGCUACUAGGCUUUCUACUGAAGCGUAACGGAACAUGUGAGCCCACCGUAGCGCUGCCAUAUUUGAUUUACCUGCUGGAACUAGUUGUACGCAGGUACGCAAGCGCAUUGGCACCAACGGACUUUGACUAUCUCUUUGGUGAGUUUUUUCUAGGUGCACAUCGUGGCGCUGUAGCGUCUGACCCCGAUCUCACACAGUUGAUGGUCACUUUUGUGAGCUCAGUGCUCGAAACACGUCCUGGUCUGGUCGUUCACGGCGACCACUGGACUUCGUUCAUUCUCCCCGAAUUUGUACGGGCACUUGGAGUGAAAGAACGCUUCACAAUUGCAGCUGUUACCAAGUUUUGGACCAAAGUCGUUAACAACAAGCGCUUUUCUCGUGCGGAUGAAGUCACAGUGCGUGCCCAAGUUUGUGAACUAGGCCCACAACUGGUCGCACACACGCUACAAGCACUAUUGCAUGCCCAGCGCUCAGAUUUAGCGUGCUACUCGGACUUUUUACGCGCGCUGGUCGCGCGCUAUCCAUUGCAAUCACGACAGUGGUUAGUAAAAGCGUUGCCCGAGCUUGCUGCUCACCAGCUACAAGCACACCAAGUCUUUGUGGAGAAGCUGUUUGUGACUCGAGGUAGCCGUGCCGCAUCCAAUGCGGUGUUGGAAUGGUGGAUGGCUUGUAACGGGCUUCCACCAUUUACAGGAGCUCCAUGA